UUCUCUUGAAAUAUCUUUUAGUAUUAUGCUAUUAGGACUCUCUAAGAAAUUCUAAGACGCAUAAUUUUUACCUUAAAAUUUAGAAUUCUGACGAAGAAAAAUUUAAAGACAGAAUAAAGCAAGCUGUGCAAGCUCAUCUAAAUGGAACUGAAGCUAUAAAGCAGCAAAACUUCACAUUCCAAGGUUUUGGGAAAUAUUCCUUCCUUGAUGGCCAGAUUUAUUCCAGUGAUGAUUCAUGCAUCAACCAUAAAAGCAGUAGCAUUGAUCAGGGUACCGGUAUAAUAGAGGUGAUUGUAAAAGAUGUCAUGACCAUCCUCUCAGAGAAACUCCAGAAAAAUAAAAACACAGAGCAGUCUAAUUUUAAGCAUAAACUAAAAAGGUUCAGGAAUAAAGCAAUCCAUAAAUGAAAGUUCUCUACUGAGCUGGCAUCUCCUCGAAAAUAACGAGUUUGAGCAAGAAAAUGACAAGCUUAAAGCCCAAAUCUCUCAAUUAAAAGAGACUCUUACUAAGAUCAGGAAGGAUUAUAUCAAGGAAAUAAUGCAAUAUGAGAGCCGAUCUGAUCCUAAAUAAUCACAUCAGAGAAGCAAAGUCUUCAUUAUCACAGCCUAAUAGAUACAUUGACAUUAAUGACCUAAUUGAUGAGGAUAGCAAGAAGAUCCUCUCCCAUAAAAUUUCUGAAAUAAAAUCUCAAUGUGAUAAGUCUAUUAAUGACCACCUGAAAUAUGAAAGAACGCUGAUCCAGCAGAUCGUCAAACUUAAAAAUUCAGAGAAUGCCUACGAAAGACUGACUAAAAUUCCCAAAGAAGAGGUAGAAAAGGUCUAUAGUGCUAUUCUGAAGAAUCCCACAGGAAUUCCUGUAGCACAAAGUGCUAACCAAGAUAGAAAUAUAGCAUCUGAUGAGCCAAAUAGCCCAACUAGCCACCAAGUCUUAGGCAAAGUACAUCAAGAAAUGCAAGAAAAGUUUAAAAACCUAAAAGAUUACUAUGAGAAAGAGAUAAAAGCUCUCAGAAAGGAACUAGAUGAAGCCAAGUGGAAGUAUGACACUGAAAAAUCUAAGUGGGAAAACCAAGCAGAAGAGUCAACCAAAGAAGCAAUGAAGCUGUUCCAGAAAGAAGAGAAGGAAGUCCUUCAGUCCUUACUUGAUAAAUAGCUCAGAGGAUCCAGAAGGAAUUGACUUAACAGAAAUCUUAAAGCAAGAGCUCAAAUGUGCAAAAUAUGAUCUUGCGGUUGAAAAGGAAACCCAUAGGUUGCAUAACCUCCAACUUGAAGAAAAUAAGUCAAAGCUUACUAUGAAGGAAGAGGAGCACAACAGAUUUAAGGAAGAAGUCAGGUUUAAUGAGAAAGAAAAUGUUCAUCUAAAACAAUACAAAGAAGAAGCUGAGUCCAUCAUCAAUAAUUUGUCUAAAAAGAUAGUGAAACUAGAGAAUGACCUUGCUUACGUCAAAGGAGAUCCUUCAUCAAUAGAUAUUAAUACUUUUCUUGACGGAAUGGGGCUAAACUCGCAGCAAAAUCCAGCUAGUGAUUUAGCUAAUAAUAGUCCUCUAGAUGUAAGCUUCAUUCAAAGGGAGGCAUCAAUAAAAUGUAUUGAAAAGAUCCAAAGAAUAAAGCGGAGAUUCCAUAACCAAGGAUGCAUCACUGACAUGAAAGACAUAAACAAGCAUUUAGUAGCGAUAGAGGAGAAGGAGUACCAAGAGUACCGGAAAGACAAGAAAUUAAGAAAGGAAUCUCCUGUCAGAACCCCAUCCUCAUCAAUGAGUGAGUCUGGUAGCAGCAAUGAUAGUAUUAUCAAGCUCAGGAGGAUGGAGAUGAGUAAUUUACUCUUGAAAAGAAAGAUGACUAAAGUAAUCCAGGAUAUCCCAAUGAUCACUAAAGGAACAAUGACUGAGAAAAUCUUUGCUAAUGAAGAUUUGGAUCGGAGAAGUGAGAGAAGUCAUAGCACAAAGAAAAUCAUUGAGCUGACCAAGCGUAACAACAGUAACUAUGAAGAAGAUUCUGAAAUCGAUGAGAAAUACCUCAAGCCUAUUUCUGACCGUAAAAGUAUUGAAGAAAGAGAGUCUAAAGACCGUAAGGAUGAGAGUAAAAUCAAUAAGAGUAUUGGAGAUUCAUUUGAAACUAUUAAGAAUGUACCAGAAAAUCAAGAUCAACCAAAUCUUUCAGUUCAUAUAAUAAAGAACAAAUUGAGCAAUAAUGAAGUGAUAAAAGAAGGAAUUUUAGAACAUCCCAGCAAAAUUCAUGCUGGCAGCCAAGCUAUCGCAAGGGAUACCAUGAUAAAACUCCCAACGGAACAUUUUACUGAGCAUAAUGAUUCUGCAGACUUCCCCAAAAUUAUCCUCAAGCAGUCAUAUAUUUGUAAAGAAUGUCGUAAGAUCGAGACCAAGAGAAGUCUUUCUGAAAAUGAGGCCAAAUCUGUAAGGAAUUCAUACAAAAAUUUAUUGUUCGACACCCAAGGAGAAUCCAUCGGAAUCCAAGUUGGAAAGCCUUAUUUUAUCAAGAUUCAAGAAAGAAUGAUGAAGAAAGGCAGAGAAAUGCUUCAGAGACACAGAGAAAAUCUUGAGAUGAGAUCAACGAAAGGGUUCAAACAUAUUAAUCAAAAUUCCAGAAACAUUCAUGACCUCCCUACUAGUCUCACAGAUAACCUCAAGGGGCUCAGUCUCACAGGGCUAAGAUACAAUGAUCAACCACUUGACAAACUAAUGACUUUUAAUAAGCCAUUAACAUAUGGAAAUAAUGAUGAUCUUAACCUCUCAGAAGGCAAGGAUUCUUCUAACCCAUCUAGACAGGAGCCAAAUAAAAGUUUUCAUAAAGGGCAAUGAUGAACUUAAUAUCACUAGAGAUAAAUUCAAAAUAGAUCUGCCGAACAAAUCC